CUGCUGGAGGAAAAAAAAAAUAGUCCUAUCAGACAGUGAGGCGCGCGGCAGCCAGGGUCCGUGAAUGAGAAGUUUGAUCUGGUUUCUGCUCAUCUUGGACGAAGCCUUUUGAUUCAUGAGUGGAUUUUAACAGCCUUUAGGACCGAGCACGUGAGGAGCAGGAGCGUGCUCAGUCAAGUUGAGAGCAACAUGGCUGUCUCCACUCAACUGGGUUUACUUCUGUGGAAGAACUUCACCUAUCGACGGAGACAGACAAUCCAGUUCGUGAUCGAGCUCAUCUGGCCUCUCUUCAUCUUCUUCAUCCUGAUCUCAGUCCGGAUGCACUAUCCUGCAUAUGAGCAACAUGAAUGUCACUUCCCAAACAAGGCCAUGCCCUCUGCAGGUACUCUGCCUUGGGUACAAGGAAUCAUCUGCAAUGCCAACAACCCCUGCUUUCGUAAUCCGACCCCAGGAGAGAGUCCCGGAGUGGUGGGGAACUUCAACGACUCCAUAAUCUCCCGUUUGUUCAGCGACGCCAAGAAGAUCCUGCUUUAUUCUCAGAAUGACAAAAGCUAUGAGGGCUACAAAGGACUUCUGAGGGCACUGAGGAAGAUGCAGAGAAAUACAGCUCACUUUAAGCUGAAGGACUUUCUCAGAGACAACGAGACUCUUUCCCACUUCUUGCACCACAAUGCUUCACUCCCCCAUCAUGCUUUGAAGCAGAUCGUGGAGGCGGAUGUAAACCUGGAGAAGGUGCUGACUAAAGGGUUUGGCUUUCAUCUCAGGGACCUCUGCAACGUCACACCGCUGGAAGAGUUUGUGCACAUCGCUGAUCGGAACGUGUCUCUUCUCACUCAAGAAAUCAUUUGCAAGUCCUCCAGCGAUUGGCUGAACAAAGCUCAGAGCCACUUUCUGUCCAACCUGGACUUCUUCAAGCCCAUCCGGAAGGAUGUCAAGUCAGACCCAAAGGUUGUCCAGGAAGUCUCCGCUGCAACCGACAGUCUCCUGGAGAGCCUUGGAGCCUUGGCUGUUGAGCUGUCCAGUAUGAAUAGUUGGAAGGAUAUGAGAAAGGAGAUCCUCUACCUCACUGCCAAUGCCACCGGCUCGCCAAAUCAGAUGUACCAGGCCGUGUCACGCAUCGUGUGCGGACACCCAGAAGGGGGUGGACUCAAGAUCAAGUCACUUAAUUGGUAUGAAGACAACAACUACAAGGCGCUGUUUGGAAACCAUGGUAACGACAGCGACAGCGAGCCUCUAUCUGCCUACGACAACUCUUCAACUCCCUAUUGUAACAACAUGAUGCGUAGCCUGGAGUCCAGCCCCAUUUCCAGGAUGAUCUGGAGGGCUUUGAAGCCUCUGCUCAUGGGGAAGAUCCUGUACACCCCUGACACUCCUGCUACUCAGAGAAUCAUCCAUGAGGUGAACAAAACCUUCCAGGAACUGGGUGUGCUGCGAGAUCUUGGAGGAAUGUGGGAAGAACUGAGACCGAAAGUCUGGAACUUCAUGGAGAACAGCGAGGAAAUGGACUUAGUCAGAACUCUGCUCCGAAACAAUGCCAGUGCCAGCUUUUUGAAUACACAACUCAGUGGGACAGAGUGGCGCGUUUCAGAUGUGUCUGACUUCCUGUCCAAGACAUCAGAAGACCAGAGACCUGCAGGUUCUGCCUACACCUGGAGAACUGUUUUCAAUGAAAGUGACCAGGCCAUUCAGACCAUCUCUCGGUUCAUGGAGUGUGUGAACCUGGACAAACUGGAGCCUGUUGCUAAUGAGGAGCGCUUAGUCAACAAAUCCAUGGGUCUGCUGCACCACCAAAAGUUCUGGGCAGGGAUUGUGUUUCCUGACAUUUCUCACAGUGACGGGUCUGACCUGCCUCCGAACGUCAACUACAAAAUUCGCAUGGACAUCGACAAUGUUGAGCGCACCAACAAGAUCAAAGACGGGUAUUGGGACCCCGGUCCCAGAGCUGACCCUUUUGAAGAUCUGCGCUAUGUGUGGGGCGGAUUCUCCUACCUGCAGGAUGUCAUUGAGCAGGGAAUCAUCCGAGCUGUCACUGGAACCAAGGAGAAGACGGGCAUCUACAUCCAGCAGAUGCCCUACCCCUGCUAUGUGGACGACAUCUUCUUGCGUGUGAUGAGCCGUUCGAUGCCCUUGUUCAUGACCUUGGCCUGGAUGUAUUCGGUGGCGAUCAUCAUUAAGGGCGUGGUUUAUGAAAAAGAGGCCCGACUGAAGGAGACCAUGAGGAUCAUGGGACUGAAUAAUGGCACCCUGUGGCUCAGCUGGUUCAUCAGUAGUUUAAUACCGCUGCUGAUCAGCGCCGGCAUGCUGGUGAUGCUGCUGAAGAUGGGCAACCUUCUGCCGUACAGCGACUCCGGGGUGGUGUUUCUGUUCCUCGGCUCCUUCGGUGUCGUAACCAUCAUGCAGUGCUUCCUGAUAAGCACCCUGUUCUCACGUGCCAACCUGGCUGCAGCCUGCGGGGGCAUCAUUUACUUCACUCUCUACCUCCCAUAUGUGCUCUGCGUGGCCUGGCAGGACUAUGUAGGAUACGGAGCCAAAGUCGUCGUGAGUCUGCUGUCUCCCGUCGCUUUUGGUUUCGGCUGCGAGUACUUUGCGCUCUUUGAGGAGCAAGGAGUGGGGAUCCAGUGGUCCAACCUGCUCGCCAGUCCACUUGAAGAAGACAGCUACAACCUGACCACAUCCAUCUGUCUCAUGCUCUUUGAUGCCGUGCUCUACGGCAUCAUGACAUGGUACAUUGAAGCAGUAUUUCCCGGUCAAUACGGCAUCCCCAGGCCAUGGUAUUUCCCUUUCCUGAAGUCAUAUUGGUGUGGAGAGAAGGAGAACAAGAACAUCUCCACUCCCCUGUCCAAGAAGGGCAACGCUGAGGCUGUCUGUAUCGAAGAGGAACCAAGCCACAUUGAUCCAGGAGUUUAUAUUGAAAAUCUGGUGAAGGUCUACAGUCAUGGAAACAAGCUGGCUGUUGAUGGACUUUCUCUGAGAUUCUACGAAGGACAGAUCACAUCCUUCCUUGGCCACAAUGGAGCCGGAAAGACCACAACCAUGUCCAUUCUGACGGGUUUGUUCCCACCCACCUCUGGUACCGCCUACAUCCUGGGGAAAGACAUUCGCUCUGAACUGAGUACCAUCAGGCAGAAUCUCGGCGUUUGUCCCCAACACAACGUUCUCUUCAGCAUGCUGACAGUGGAGGAGCACAUCUGGUUCUACGCUCGCCUGAAGGGACUGCCCGAGGAGAAGGUGAAGGCUGAGAUGGAGCAAAUCGUGAAUGACGUGGGUUUGCCUCAUAAACGCAAGUCUCGCACCAGUACACUCUCUGGUGGGAUGCAGAGGAAGCUUUCUGUCGCGCUCGCGUUUGUUGGCGGUUCAAAGGUCGUGAUCUUGGAUGAACCUACCGCUGGUGUUGACCCUUACGCUCGCAGAGGCAUCUGGGACCUUCUCCUGAAAUACAGACAAGGCCGCACCAUCAUCCUGUCCACGCAUCACAUGGACGAGGCUGACAUCCUCGGCGACCGCAUUGCCAUCAUCUCUCACGGCAAACUGUGCUGCGUCGGUUCCUCGCUCUUUCUGAAGACGCAGCUGGGCACAGGCUACUACCUGACCCUGGUCAAGAGGGACUACGACUUGCCCCUUCAGUCUUGUCGUAAUUCUGCCAGCACUGUCUCGUACAGCAAGAAGACUGAGAAGGAGGACAGUGUAUCGGAGAGCAGCUCUGACGCAGGUCUUGGCAGCGAACCAGAGAGCGAGACCACCACAAUUGAUGUCUCCCUGAUCUCCAAUGUGAUAUUCAAGCACGUGCCUGAAGCUCGAAUGGUGGAGGACCUCGGUCACGAAAUCACAUAUGUUCUGCCGUACCAGUCGGCGAAAGACGGAGCCUUUGUCGAGCUCUUUCACGAACUUGACGACCGACUCACUGACCUCGGAAUUUCAAGCUACGGGAUAUCGGAUACCACUCUGGAAGAGAUCUUCUUGAAGGUUGCAGAGGACAGUGGGGUGGAUUCUGUGGAGCUUUCAGACGGAGUUGUCCCCACAAGGAGACGGCGCCAUCAUGCCUUUGGUGACCAUCAGAGCUGCCUGAAGCCAUUCACCGAAGACGACUUUGAUUUCAACGAUUCUGAAGGUAACCCAGCGUGGAACCAUUUUGAGCGAAGGGCAGUUAUGGAUCUUUACUUAUUUGGUGUCGAUGCUCCGCUUCCAGAGUCCAGAGAGACGGACUGGCUCAGCGGAAUAGACGGAAAAGGCUCAUACCAAGUCAAAGGCUGGAGUUUGAAGAGGCAGCAGUUUGUGGCUUUACUCUGGAAACGGUUUCUCUACGCCCGACGCUCACGAAAAGGAUUCUUCGCUCAGAUUGUGCUUCCGGCGGUGUUUGUGUGCAUCGCGCUGGUGUUCAGCUUGAUCGUACCUCCGUUUGGAAAGUAUCCCAGCUUGGCCUUGAAUCCCAGCAUGUAUGGAGAGCAGUUCUCCUUCAUCAGUAAUGACAUUCCUGAAGACUCCCACACCAACAAACUUUACGGUGCUUUGACAAGUAAACCUGGAUUUGGAACUCACUGCAUGGAGGGAGAACCUAUUCCGGACACUCCGUGUACCGCCAUAGAUGGAGAGUGGUCUGUCCCGCUCGUGUCUGAGAAGCUAAGAGACAUUUUCGAUAAGGGAAACUGGUCCAUGGAGAAUCCCUCCCCUCUGUGCGAGUGUAGCUGUGAAGGGCGUAAGCGGAUGCUGCCAGAGUGUCCCGCAGGAGCAGGAGGCCUUCCCCCACCAGAGAUGAAGGUCAGCGAGACUGACACUCUGCAGAACUUGACUGGCAGAAACGUCUCGGACUACUUAGUUAAAACCUACGCUCAGAUCAUCGGCAAAAGUCUGAAGAACAAGAUCUGGGUCAAUGAGUUCAGAUAUGGUGGAUUCUCACUUGGUGCCAGAAGCUCUCAGUUCCUUUCACAAAAAGACCGAGUGGACGACGCGAUCGCUGCACUGAGGAGACGCUUCCAUCUGGAGAGAGGAACCGCUGCCGACCGUUUCUUCCGCAGCCUCUCAAAUUUCAUCCAAGGACUGGACAGCAAAAAUAACGUCAAGAUCUGGUUUAACAACAAAGGGUGGCACAGCAUCACGUCUUUCCUCAACGUGAUGAACAACGGAAUCCUGCGAGCGAGCUUGCCUCCCGGAAAAGACCCCGCCAAGUUUGGCAUCACGGCCCACAACCAUCCUCUCAACCUCACCAAGGAGCAACUUUCACAAGUGGCGUUGAUGACGACCUCGGUGGACGUGUUGGUGUCUAUCUGCGUGAUCUUCGCCAUGUCCUUCGUACCUGCCAGUUUCGUUGUCUUCCUCAUCCAAGAGAGAGUGAACAAAGCCAAGCACAUGCAGUUCAUCAGUGGAGUGCAGCCCUUCCUCUACUGGCUGGCCAACUUCGUAUGGGACAUGUGUAACUACAUCGUCCCCGCCACUCUGGUCAUCAUCAUUUUCAUCUGUUUCCAACAAGAGGCCUAUGUCUCCUCCACCAACCUGCCGGUGCUCGCCUUGUUGCUGCUGCUGUACGGGUGGUCCAUCACUCCUCUGAUGUACCCAGCCUCGUUCUUCUUCAAGAUCCCCAGUACUGCCUACGUGGUUCUGACCAGCGUCAACAUCCUGAUCGGCAUCAACGGCAGCGUCUCCACAUUUGUCCUGGAGCUGUUCGGAAGCAAUGAAAUCGGAGGCAUCAACGACAUUCUGAAGAACGUCUUCCUCAUUUUCCCACACUUCUGUCUGGGCAGAGGACUGAUUGACAUGGUGAAGAAUCAGGCGAUGGCUGAUGCUCUGGAAAGAUUUGGUGAGAACCGUUUCCGCUCCCCCCUGGCCUGGGACAUGGUGGGAAAGAACCUCUUUGCAAUGGCCAUAGAGGGAGUGAUCUUCUUCUUCAUCACCGUUCUCAUUCAGUACCACUUCUUCUUCAAGGCCAGGUCAUCGAUCAGCCACUUGAAGCCGAUCGGUGAGGAAGAUGAGGACGUUGCCAGGGAGAGGCAGAGGAUCCUGAGUGGAGGUGGACAGUCAGACAUUCUGGAGCUGCGGGAGCUCACCAAGAUUUACAAGCGCAAGCAAAAACCAGCAGUCGACCGCCUGUGCGUCGGCAUCCCUCCUGGCGAGUGUUUUGGUUUGCUGGGAGUCAAUGGAGCGGGGAAAACCAGCACCUUUAAGAUGUUAACAGGAGACUCUGUGGUCACGAGUGGAGAGGCAUAUCUUGCUGGCAAGAGUGUCAAUACUGAAAUCGAUGAGGUGCAUCAGAACAUGGGCUACUGUCCUCAGUUCGAUGCCAUCAAUGACCUGCUGACUGGUAGAGAGCACCUGGAGUUCUAUGCCAUCCUGAGAGGAGUGCCGGAGAAGGAAGUCUGCGAGGUGGCAGAGUGGGGGAUAAGGAAGCUUGGAUUGGUCAAAUAUGUUGACAAAUCAGCUGGGAGCUACAGUGGAGGAAACAUGAGGAAACUUUCCACUGCCAUCGCUCUCAUUGGUGGACCACCGGUCGUGUUUCUGGAUGAACCAACGACUGGGAUGGAUCCUAAAGCAAGGCGUGCCCUGUGGAACGCCAUUCUCAGCAUUGUCAAGGAGGGGCGCUCUGUCGUUCUGACGUCUCACAGCAUGGAGGAGUGUGAAGCACUUUGCACACGGAUGGCCAUCAUGGUCAACGGCAGGUUCCGCUGUCUGGGCAGUGUGCAGCAUCUCAAAAACAGGUUUGGUGAUGGAUACACCAUCAUCCUGCGGGUGGCAGGGCCGGAUCCAGACCUUGGACCCGUCAUGGAGUUCAUCGAGCAGGAGUUGCCGGGCAGCACUCUGAAAGAGAAGCACCGCAACAUGCUGCAGUACCAGCUGCCCUCCUCGCUCACCUCCCUCGCCCGCAUCUUCUCGCUGCUGUCCAAGAACAAGGACGCGCUCCGUAUAGAGGACUACUCUGUCUCUCAGACCACUCUCGACCAAGUGUUUGUAAAUUUUGCCAAGGACCAAAGCGACGAGGACCAUUUGAAAGACGUCCACCUGAACAAACGGGACGCGGUGGUGGUGGACAUCUCCAAACUGAACUCAUUCCUCAUGGACAGCAAGACAAAGGAGAGCUGUGUGUGAUUCUACAGCUAAACCCCACCCCCCCAUCUCUAAGACUGAAGUGCUCCCAAGAGGGGGCCAGGACAGACUUUGUCCUUUUUUUAUUUGUAUUUUUUUAGUCUUUUCUAAUUGAUGUCUUUACUCAGUGGACCUGUGUUCCAGCACCGCCUCUUGAAAAGGGUCGCGUUGCUGGAGGUCUUGUGACUGACACAAUGAAAACUCAAUGCAAAUCAAUGCAAGAAAUACACAUAUAUAUAUAUUUGUAUACAGUAUGUACCUAUAUGUACUGUAUAUGUGACGUGAAGAAGUUUCUUUGAGGGCUGGAGACUGGUGCUUCUCCUUCAAGGGACCGAAAGGAUGGAAAGAAGAGACACUUGAAGUAAAACCAAUAACACAACUGGGUGUCAGGUUGACAGGUGACAGGAAGGCUUGUAGCUCUGCUUCUCAGUCAACAGGUCAAAGAUCUCAGACGACGAACCAUCAUCUUUAAAGUGCUCGCUGCACUCUGUGUUCUAUUUAACAACAAUGCAAAAAAAAAAACAAGGUCACCUUCACUGCCAACUGCUAAAUAAUGUACUUUUGUAUUCAGGGUUGAAGCUCUUUUCAUCUCUUUGUCACGUAGAUGUUUUUUAAACCAGGUGAAGACACAACAGAAUCAUUUAUAAUCAACCUAUUUAAAGUCUGAACAAUGCAAUCAUGCUUUUGUUAAGUUUAACUUAUAUAUAUAUAUUUUUCAAGAUAAGAUCUAACUCAACGUUCCCAUUUUCUCAUUGUGAUAACAAGAUGUGUAGGUUUUUUUUUCUCUUGUUGUUAGUGUCCUUGACAUUCUCCAGCACAGUGCCUAAACUGUAUGACGGGGAGCGGGAAAUCUGCGCACUCCAUUUUAAAUAACAUCAGAAAGUCAUGGAGGCUGCCCAGGAAUGUACAACACGCAUCCAAGCACAAACGGCUCAUCACAACCUGACUGUUGAUACAAAAUAAAGUGUGUCUUUAGUUGUCAAAAAUAGACAGAAAUAUAUAUAUAUAUAGUGAUGUCAGGACAUGUGCAGUCAGUCAAGAUGAAAGAUGGAUGCGUAAACUGGACUGUGGUAUUUACUGCAUGCUUUCACUGGGCGACAUCCGGACUAUCGAAGCUACUGUGCGCCCAAGCAUGUCGUCUCAGACCAGCAUAUAAGAGCUUACAGAUGAUCUCAUCCUGCUUCAAUGUUGUCGAGUGUUCUUGGAAAAAUGUGACGCUUUGCCAUUCUGACGAACCAGAUGUGUCUCAGAAAUGUAUGAGGGAACAAGGGCAGCAGUUCAAAAAAAGCCAGCGCAAAGUUUCACCCUGGACAAACUGUACGUGCCAAAUGCAGCGGAAGGUGUGUGUGUUUAACCAACCAGCAUUAUCUCGUGAUUGUGAAUUCUAGAUUUCAAUCAAGGUCAGCAACUGUCCAAACAAAAGCUGCCAAGAUCUGGUCUGAGCCCGGUUCUGCCAGGAAGCAAAGAGCACCGUGUCACUGAGUGGGAUGAGAUAAACAGGGACCACUGGAAUUUAAAAAAAAAUGUGCUUGGGAUGCUUUAUAGUGUAAAACUAUUUGAGAUAGCAAGGGUUAAAACCAAUGACCGGUUGUCAUAACGGGUGCUCAAUGUUAUAUUAUGACAUCGCGGAGUGGCUUUUGUCGUGUCCGGGCCUGGAGCGAGCCAAGUCUCAAGCCUCCCGGCUGCUGAACACGAGCACUUUAAAUGCUUGGUGGUUGCUUGUGAUCCCAGUGAUGAGGAGAUCCCCACAAAUCCUCUGCACUGGAACAAUGUGCAAAAUAAAAGCAGCGCCACGGCAUUAAAAAAAAAAGAAAAAGAAAUCACAGCGAAAGUAUAAGCGGCAAAGACGAUAGUUAUUUCAAAAGAGAAAUGUAAGACAUUGCUAUUGUAGUGAUGUUCUCCUUCUGUGCUCAAUAUUAAUAUUUGUUUACAUUUUUAAGUAUUAAACAGCUGUUCCAGUCUGUUACCUUUUGUGUAUAGUUAUGUUGAGAAAUAAAGUUCAUACGUUUUGAAGAAAAAAAAAAA